AUGGCCCAUCUUCUGAGCUUGGUCCUCUUGGUCCUGGUUGUGGCAGUAGCCAGCAACUUCCAGGUGGUGUCCAACGACUAUGCCUUUGCCCUGGUGAAUGUUCUGACCGGCAAGGGAGCAUGUUGGGGCGACAAUCGCUUGGGUGGCAACUGCAGUUCGGUGGACUUCUCCAACGUCCAGCAGGUGAAAGCCAACGCCGACGCCUUCCUCGCGCUCGGCACGACGGGCGGCGCCUGCUGGGGAAACGCCAACUCUGGAGGCGAUUGCACGGGGCUCGACUUCACAGGGAUGACCGAAGUCGCGGCCACGGAUUACAGCUUUGCGGUGCUGGAUCCGGUGCAGGGCAGAGGCCUCUGCUUCGGCUCCUCAGCCUACGGUGGCGACUGCAGCGGGGUAGACUUCACCCAUGCCAGCAAGAUCUACUCGAAUCUCUUGGCCUUCGUGGCGAUUGGUGGCAGCUUUGGGCAAUGCUGGGGUCACACUUCUUUUGGUGGCGACUGCAGUGGCAUCAGCUUCAAUGGUGUCACCGAGGUGGUGGCAGGAGAUUAUGCCUUUGUUGCCUUGAACAAAGCUGCUGGCACCAUUCAAUGCUGGGGUUUCCCCAGCUAUGGAGGCGACUGCAGUGCUGUGACCUUGACGGGCAUCACAGACGUCUACACCAAUGGCAAGGCCUUCUUGGCCUUGAAUCGGAACAGCGGUAGUGGUGAGUGCUGGGGCAACAGCCAAGCCGGCAACGACUGCAGCCAAAUCGACUUCAGUGGCGAGGUCCAGAUCUACACCACUGACUCCGCCUUCCUCGCCUUAUCCGGUGGUGUGGGCCAGUGCUGGGGCAACCCAACGAACGGAGGCGACUGCAGCAACGUCUUUUUCAGCAGCAACUCCCAGAUUGCCAGCACAAGUGCUGCCUUUGUAGCCCUGGACGCGGCGAAUGGCAUCGCGCAAUGCUGGGGAUCUCCCUCCUUCGGAGGUGAUUGCUUGGGAACGUCCUUCGAGGGCCUCACCAGCGUCUAUGCCACCAGCUAUGCUUUCAUGGCGAUGAAUCCAGUUACCGGCGCCGCCAAGUGUUGGGGAUCAGCCGGGUUCGGCGGAGAGUGCAGCGGCGACCUCACCGGCUUUCAAAUCCACUCCAAUGAUUUCGCGUUUGCGGCCGUAAGUGCAGAGGAAGUUCGGGCCUGGGGGAGCAGUGCGCAGGGUGGAGACACGGGCAAUGUGAACUUUGCACCAGUGCUGGAGAUACCGACCACGGUGACAGCGACAACCGCCACGGCGACCAGCACGGUGACGGGCACAACGCUGACAACCACGACGGUGAUCACAGCCACGGCGACCAGUACCGUGACCGGCACAAUGCUGACAACCACGACGGUGAUCACAGCCACGGCGACCAGUACCGUGACCGGCACAACGCUGACAACCACGACGGUAAUCACAGCCACGGCAACCAGUACGGUGACCGGCACAACGCUGACAACCACGACGGUGAUCACAGCCACGGCAACCCUCACGGUGACGGGUACGACGCUGCCAACAACGACCAGCACACAGGCAGUGACUACCGGGGCCCCUCCGAGUGGGACAUGCCGCCGCUGGUGCAAAUGGCUCACCAGGAGCUUCAAUGUGGUUUGCGACUGGUCGUCUUGUUCUGGCUGCGAGGAGUGCUUCGAACCAGAGCCCGAGGUGCCCGUGUGCAAGUGUGACAAAUACAAGGGACGGGCACGCGGUGAUGGAUACAAGCGCUACGAGUACCUCUGCAUCCGCGAGCGGACGCGUGACAACGUGCGCCUUGUCCGCAUGGUCUUCUACGUCCGGCCAGCCGACAGCAUUCCGGGUGAGCAAUCUGCAUAUUGCGGUGCUGAGUGGGGAAAUCCCAUGCACUGGUGCAGGUCACUCAUGGACUUCAGGGGAUCAGUAAAGGUGGGUGCAGAGGUUCUCGAUGGGACGCGGGCAGGUGGCGCGACGUCUCUCUGUGGCUCCCGCCGCUGCGAGCUCACUGGCUGGAAUGCAGAGGACUGCCAGUGGCUUUUCAGGGAGCUGCAGCGCAAGAGGCCUGCUGAACGGAAGUGUCAAUUUUCUCUUCCCGUGGCCUUCUCCACGCUGACCGCCGACUGCUACUUUCGCGGCCGGCUGCUGCGAGCACUGGUCGGGGACAUCCUGACCUCCCUCUGGCCAAAGGUGCCGAAGUGUGACAUCAAGUCCGCGAGCCUUGUGGAGGAUCCGCAUGAGGGCAUGUUCGUGACGCCUUCGGCCCAUGAGCUCCUUGUGCCUUCCACUCUCUUCGAACUCGUCUUCUACAUGGCGGAGGAGGACGACCUGGAUGCCGUCGAGUCGGAUCUUCGACACCUCUUCUCCGUACGAUACACCUGGAAGCAAGGCUGGGACGUGGUGAAGCACUUCU